CACCGGCAUGGUUUCUUAUGCGAUUGUUCCAAUAAUUUCGAUCAUACAUCAGUAUCGUCAAAAAACUUAUCUGAUCAAUUACAAUCUCAUUUAUCAUGCUGUGUUUCCGUGGGAGGUUCCGAAAAAUUCGGUGUUCCACUUAAUCCACUUUUUUGACCAAUAUUCACUGACUAUCGCCGUCGUUCUAAUCACAUCUGCGGUGGACAGUUUGUAUACGUAUUACAUGUUUCAAAUGAUCGGUAUUUUGCGAGAAAUAUCCUAUCGUAUUUCGAUGUUCGAUGAGAAAAAUUGUGAGUUUGAAAUACGCGAAUGCAUUAAUAAAUAUGAAAUUCUGGUACAGUGUACGAAAAAAAUACAAAAAAUAUGUGGAGUGAUUAUUUUAUGGACCAUGAAUACCAAUGCAGUCAUACUCUGCACUGUUAUUUACCAACUUUCAAAUGCCAAAUCAAUACCGUUUUUUACGAUGCUCCUCUGCGUGGCGUAUACUGGCUUGAAAUUAACUCAAGUUUUUAUAUACGCCUGGUCUGGAACUCUUCUUACAAUCGAGUGAAAAAUUUCGAGAAGCCAUUUACACAUCACGAUGGAUCGGUAAUACACGAUUAAAGUCUUCAAUAAUAAUAAUGCUUUCCCAAAAG